CGCUUGGCUCACUGUCUGAGGCGAUCAAUCUAUCGUCGACUGAGUUUCAACCAAAGCCGUGCGUUACUACCAAAACGAGCAAGAGAGAGAGGCACACAGUAAGACGGGAAGGGUAGAUCCGAGGCUGUUUUAAGUUCAUUGCAACUUUGCUAGUGAAAUUCUUGAAAGAAUUGCUAUGUUUGCACUUUUUAUACAGUUAACACUACGUGGGAGAAACCUAGACCCACUCGUUUAAUGCAUCCUCAGCACUGAUUACAGUUAAGUCACUGUUUAUUUUCACUAGUUUUUGGAAAAGGGGGGAUGCGAUUCCUCUAAAUGAGAAAGGACCGUGGAAGCAGAUUGUUUUUCUUGGAACAGGUUUUUGUUUGAAGGCAAGCGAAAACGGCAGCCGCGUUGCCACUCGCACUGCAGAGAUAAUGCAUUUUUGUCGUUUUUCGUUCCCUGUACUAUGCCGGAGAAAUUUGCAGUGGAUUGUGUUACUGCUGUGCCUCUCGCCAGUAGCACUAGGAACUUGGGGGGCUGGUCUGUACAAGUACCCGAGCGGGGUUCAGCACGGGAAAGAGCACACCGCAGCUUCACCUAGCAAUGGGAAUCACAGGAGGAAUUGGUGCCCGUACUCCAUUACCAGGACAGUUAGCUGUCAGGUCCAGAAUGGCACCACCCUGCAGAGAGUCUACCAGAGCUGUCGCUGGCCUCAGGGCUGUACGGGGGGAAGCUACCGCACGGUGCUGAGACCCUCCUAUAAGGUGGCGUUCCGGACAGUGUCUGCGAUGGAGUGGAAGUGUUGCCCUGGUUACAGGGGUGCACACUGCGAGGCAGAAUCAGUGAAUCAUCUGGAAGAUGGAGCGAGGCAGCAAGCUCUCCUGCCCAGGCCGCUGGCUCGGACUAGAGAAUAUCUCUCAAGCUGUUUGAACUGCAGUCGAAUCACUGAGCUGACCAAUAAACUGAACUCGCUGGAAGACAAGGUCCUGUUUCUCUCCACCGCCCCCGCCACCCCCCAAGGAAACCUGCUGGGGGCGCUACCUGUGCAGGGAGUCCCUGGGAUCCAGGGGCCAACAGGUGCUCAGGGAGAAAAAGGCCAGGAUGGACGUCUUGGGAGAGAUGGACUUCAAGGGCUUCCAGGGCUUCCAGGUUCCAGAGGGCCACCGGGCCACAGUGGCCCCAAAGGAGAGACAGGGUUGCGGGGGCCCAUAGGGGCCCCGGGGUCAAGAGGGAUGAGCGGACCAGUAGGGCCUCAAGGACCCGCUGGACCCCAAGGUCUCAAGGGAGAGAGGGGUCAGCCCGGGCUCCCCGGACCUCCAGGGCCAGCCGGACCAGCCAGCGCCAGGAUCCCAGAGUUGGGCUACCCCCGCAACCACGGUGAGACUGAAGACCCCCUGCUGUCCAACACCUUCCUCGAUUCUCGAGGGGCUGACCUCCGAGGACCAGAGGGACCGCCCGGAGCACAGGGACCCACAGGACCUGCUGGCCCCCAGGGACCCAUGGGGCCUCCAGGAUCCCCAGGACUGAAUGGAUUACCUGGAUCAGCUGGACUCCCGGGGCCAGAGGGGCCAAAAGGAGAGAAAGGAGACCGAGGCAGCACAGGGUAUAAAGGAGAGAGGGGCUAUCGAGGAGAGCCGGGUGCGCAAGGUGAAAAGGGAGAACCAGGAGAGAAGGGUCUACCGGCCUUUAGCUUGCAGAUGUUCCAAGACUUGCAGGCUGAUCUUGAGCUUCUGGCUCGGAGGGUGACAUUACUGGAAGCCAUCAUCUGGCCAGAACCAGACAUUGGCUCAGGAUCUGACCCGUUCGGUACCCCACCUCCAGGUUACAACCGCAAGAAGAGAGCCGUGAUGUCAGCCUACCGGAUCCUCUCGCAACGGCUCGCGCUGGGGGACACCGAGGAGGAAAACUGAUCCCUGGAACCCAGAGAGAGAAUGACCAGCCCUACUGUGUACAUGAGCAACCUCAGCCAGCGACCCCAACCUGGUCACAGGACACUCCCACCUCUAGAGGACAUUAGCAGGGAGACCAGCUCACUUCUCACCUCUCCAGUAGGCUGCUACCAGGACAUCCUGGGGAAACAAAUUACAUUUAGCCAUCGAAUCCAGAUGAACCAAUGGGGAGGCACAAGGAACCCUGCAACUCCCUAACCCCACCCUUAUUGGGAUUGAUUUUGAGCAGCAUUCCCCUCCACCCAUAUUCACAAGCCCUUAAGUGCUCUGCAUCUUCAAAUAUAGACUGAUAUCACAUUUCCAGGCCACCCACCACUACUUCAUCAGUUAAAUCAUGCACAUGGAAUUUGAGCUAUACCCACUGAAAUGCAUCCUGGGUCCUAUGACCUAAAAUUAAAUACAGCAUAUGAUUAAUAGGAAUGCCAACAUUCACUCUCUGGCUCACAUGGUAAUUAACCCUCACUUGGCUGCACUGCCCUCCCCAGUACAUUGCAGUAUGAGAGAAAGCAGUUCUUGUGCACUGGGUCUUGCCACUUUUAGGAAAACCUCAUAGUUAUAGUAAACCAGGGAAAGUCCUACAGGAGUUACAGCCAAGGUUUUAAAAUCAGUUUUCUUUAUUCUUUUUAGCGUCAGCGACCUUUUCUUUUCCAGGAUAUACCAGAAACACUGUCCAAUAUAUACUUUUGUUUUCCGGUACCUUGAUGUGCAGUGGGUCACACUGUGUGAUCUGAGCUAGACCAGGGCUCUCAAACUUGGGCUCGCUGAAAGGUUUCAGGCAGACCAACCCCUAUAUAGUCAACUGAGCAUAGAGAAGUGUGUUGAAAAUUCAUUGGAUUACAGGUGUGUUUGUAUAAUAUUGUAAUCUGGGAAAAUUGGUGUGAAACACAGGAAAUGAUUAGGUUCAAAGAAGCAACAGCCGCUUUUAAUUCUAUAACUGUAUGUGAUUUAUCUGAAGAGAACCAACAGAUCUCCAAUAUAAGGGGGACCAGUGAUAAUGCUAGAGAUACAAAAAUGAACUAUGGUUAGUACUUCUUGAAGUCCAGUAGAGGGCGUUCCACUCAGCAGUGUUCAAAGACAGGGAUAGCAAGCAUUUUGUAAUGUUAAUAAAUUGUGUAAUUUGUAAUUUUACAAAGGUUCUACAAUGUGCUUGAUUUUUUUUU